CAAUCACUCUACAUCUAUAUUUUGGCAGUAAUACAAAGAGCAAGGACUGGAGGUGGUUUAAUUGAUACAUGCAUCAAUCCUCCUGAUCUUCAUGUAGUAUCAAUACCAACAAUAUCAAUGCUUUCUACCGCAAGAUCGCGGGCAAUCGCCCGGUCUCUCUUCGUCUCCCACACGUCUCGCGCCCUCUCCACAACUGCCUCGACCUCCAAAACCACUCCUAUAACGUCUGUUCUUAUAGCAAAUCGUGGCGAGAUAGCGCUUCGAGUUGGCCGUACAGCAUCUGCCCUCGGGGUCCGAUGCACAACAAUCUACACGGCUCCCGACGCACAUUCACAGCAUGCGCUGUCGAGUCCCUUUUCCGUGAAUCUCGGCGAGCCGAACGCAUAUCUCGAUGGAGAACGAAUCAUAUCUGUUGCUAAGCAGCAAGGCUGCGAGGCUUUGCACCCUGGUUAUGGGUUCCUGAGUGAGAAUUCGGAGUUUGCGAAACGAUGUGUGGAGGAAGGGUUGGUGUUCAUUGGACCGCCAUGGAAAGCAAUUGAAGCCAUGGGAAACAAGUCCAGGAGUAAAGAUAUUAUGAUCCAGGCGGGUGUGCCAUGUAUCCCUGGUUAUCAUGGGGCAAAUCAGGACCCGGCACACCUGUUGGAGGAGGCAAAGAAAAUCGGCUUUCCGGUUAUGGUGAAGGCUGUCAAAGGAGGCGGCGGGAAAGGCAUGCGGAUUGCAAUGAACGGAGAUGAAUUCUUAGACAAGUUGGAGAGUGCGAAGAGCGAGGGAAGGAACUCUUUUGGAGAUGAUGAAAUGCUGGUAGAGAAGUAUAUUGCGACUCCACGGCAUAUCGAGGUACAGAUAUUUGCAGAUAAGUACGGCAACGCAGUGGCUCUGGGGGAGCGGGAUUGCAGUUUACAAAGAAGGCAUCAAAAGAUCCUGGAGGAGGCACCGGCACCGAAUUUAGCUGAAGAUAUAAGACAGGACUUAUGGGAGAAGGCAAGGGCUGCUGCUUUGGCUGUUGGUUAUGAAGGUGCUGGAACUGUCGAAUUCAUAUUCGACAACGACACAAAUGAGUUCUUUUUUAUGGAAAUGAACACGAGGCUGCAGGUCGAACAUCCCGUUACUGAAGAAAUCACGGGGGAAGACCUCGUUUCCUGGCAGUUCAAAAUAGCCGCUGGAGAGCCACUACCCCUCGAUCAAGCUACCAUUGCACAGAGGAUAUCAGAGAGAGGAUGGGCUAUCGAAGCUCGAAUCUACGCUGAGAACCCAAAUCAAAAUUUUAUGCCUGAUUCUGGCAAGCUCAUUCAUCUCCGGACACCACAGAUAUCGGAUGGUGUUCGCAUCGAUGCGGGUUUCAUUGAAGGUGAUACGGUAUCAUCAGCAUAUGACGGCAUGAUAGCAAAACUCAUAGUGAGCGGUCCGACUCGAGAAGUAGCAAUCCAGAAGCUGUAUGCUGCCUUGCAGGACUAUGAAGUCGUUGGCCUGAGUACGAACAUUGAGUUCCUGAAGAAGAUUUGCAAGAGUCAGCCAUUCAUCAAGGGCGAUGUUGAGACUGGUUAUAUCCAAAAGUACAACGAUGAGCUUUUUGCUCCUGAAACCACGGAGCCCGAGGUCUUUGCGCAAGCUGCUUUGGGCCUGUUGGCAAAAGAACUCUCUGGGCCGCACGCGAUAGGUCAAGGCCCUCAUGGAGAGGCUAUCGGAUUCGGUGCUGCAAAUGAGCGCCAAUUCAGCUUUUUCAUAUCUUCUGCAACGGGUGCGGAGGGUGAACCCAUCCAUGUUACCAUCAACCAAUCUGGUCGAAAGAUGUUCGACAUAGAUGUGAAAGGUUCUGGUAUCGAAGCAUCCUACGCCAAUGUGGUAUGCGAACCACGGUCUCCGUCGAUAUCAACAUUCUUCCCUCAUACGCGAAUCGAGAGUACGGUUAUCACGGAAGGAGACAAGAUCACGCUUUUCCAGCACGGCAGGCAAACUCAAUUAACCCUGUCACCCCCUAGCUGGUACGAGAAAGCCUUGGGGCUGAAGGACGUGACGAAUAGUGUCUUGGCACCUAUGCCAUGCAAGGUACUAAGAAACGAAGUCAAAGAAGGAGACGAAGUUGAGAAGGAUCAGGCACUUGUCGUCAUUGAGAGUAUGAAGAUGGAAACAGUAAUUAGGUCGCCGCAAAAGGGGGUCAUUGCGAAGCUGGUACACAAGGCCGGGUAUAUCUGUAAGGCAGGCACGGCGCUUGUACUUUUCGAAGAGCACGUGAGCUGAACAGUCGACCUUGUCCACAUGGGACGAAGAAAUGCUACUACGAUUAU